UGUUGUUAUUUUGUUGUUUAGUUUUAGUCAGUCAUUAAUUAGUUGUAGUUCGGUCGUUCCGUUGACAGAAAGUUUUUGAAUUUAUAAACCAAUAAACCAUUAUGGCAAUUAACACAAUAAGUGUCCUAUAAGCCCCUUGUCUUGUACAUACAUUCAAAUGAAACUUCAAGUCGAUUGCAAAUUUUAUUGUGGUUUACUUUACUCAUCACUUUGACAAAGUAUAGGCGGUAGGUCUGGUCUAAAUAAGACACAACAACUAUCUACCCAUCAAAAUGUUAAGGUUAAACAUUGCUAAGGCUUCUCAAGCUUUUUUUGAAGAUUCACUUUCCGCUACAGACCUCUGCAAAGCUUGUUUGAAGAGAGCAGACUUUGUGAGACCACUCAAUCCAUUUGUAAAUGUAACCAAAGAGAAAUCCUUGCGUCAGUCUGAAGAAAGCUCUCGGAGGCACAAGAAGGGAGAAAGCAGAAGUAUCUUGGAUGGUAUCCCAAUAGCAGUCAAAGAUAACUUCUGCACUGUCGGUGUACCAACAACAUGUGGGUCUCGGAUGUUGGUAGACUUUGUACCGCCCUACAACGCCACUGUGGUUGAAAGACUAGAGAAUGCUGGUGCUGUAGUGAUUGGGAAAACCAACCUUGACGAGUUCGCUAUGGGUUCUGGUACGGUGGACUCAGUGCAUGGUCCAACAUUCAACGUGUGGGGAUCGUCGCUACCAUACACAGUGGGAGGCGUCAAGAGACAUCCGUGUGAUCAGCAGCCGAGGAUCUCUGGAGGAAGCUCUGGUGGCAGCGCAGUGGCUGUGGCAACUGGAGCGUGCUUUGCUGCCUUAGGCUCUGACACGGGAGGCUCGACUCGCAACCCUGCGUCGUACUGCGGCAUCGUCGGCCUCAAGCCAACCUAUGGCCGAGUGUCUCGUCACGGUCUCAUCCCUCUUGUCAACUCCAUGGAUGUCCCUGGGAUCCUCACUAGAUCUGUGUCUGAUGCAGCAAAUGUCCUUAAUGUGAUAUCUGGCUGUGAUCCGCUGGACUCUACCACAGUCACUGAGGAGUCGCCCCAGGUGGUGCUAGGAGACCAGCUGAACCUGUGUGGUUUGACAGUAGGCAUACCUCGGGAAUAUCACUGUCCUGGUCUACAUCCUGAGGUGCUACAAGCCUGGACAGAAGUUGCUCAGCUGCUGGAGGAGGGGGGCGCAAAUGUCAAACAGGUAUCCAUGCCUCACACGGAUCUGUCCAUCGUGUGUUACUCUGUGUUGAAUCAGUGUGAAGUGGCCAGCAACAUGGCUAGGUAUGAUGGCCUGCAGUACGGCCACCGAGCUGACACUAAUGUCUCCACAGAACAGCUGUUUGCUGACACUCGCAGUCAGGCAUUGGGGCUGGUCGUCCGCAGCCGCAUACUCACCGGCAACUACUUCUUGCUCAAAAGCAACUACGAGAAAUACUUUGAACAAGCAAUGAAAGUGCGACGUCUGAUAGCAGAGGACUUUGCUGCUGUAUGGAGGGAUGGAGUUGACCUUCUGCUGACCCCCACCACUCUCUCCCCUGCUCCUCCCUUUAACAAGUUCACCAGCCUCUCCAACAGAGAACAAUGUGACACACAGGACUACUGCACUCAACCUGCCAACAUGGCUGGGUGUCCCGCAGUUUCAUUGCCUGUCUGCUUGUCAGAAGACCACCUGCCUAUCGGUCUACAGCUGAUUGCCCCCAACUUCUGUGAGCAAACUUUGCUCUCUGUCGCCCUCUGGCUUGAGAAAAGUUUAGAAUUUCCUCAGCUUGAGCUUAUAGAUGUGUAGAAUUAAAAUUUUGUUCACCAAAGUAUAUAAGAUAAUAAAUAUUUUUAUCAGCA